AUGGACGGCCAUCCCACCGACAAGCCACCGCUGUCGCCAGCAGCUCCUCAGCCAGCUCCUCAACCAGCUCCUCAACCGCAGGUGGCCAGUGCGGCCGCCGACACUACAUCAUUACGGCCUGCCGGACCCGUCGCUCAUUUCAGUCAUAGUGCCACAUCAGAUUCAACCGACCGAGUAUUUCCCAUCCGUUCCGUCCUCAGUACCGCUGUCCGGCGAGAUUCCAGUUACGCCGGCGACGUCACCAACCUUUCCCACUCCGACCAUGUCCGCGGCGGCCGGGAUGCCGUGUCACUCGGCCCUGCCACGCCUUAUGGCACCAACACAUCGUCCGGUCCCUUCUCCCCGUUUCUCACAUCGUCGGCCGACCCUUCCACUGUCAGGUCACUGCCGAAGCAUACCCUGACCAGUUCGACGGCAAACAUACCAACCGACGCUGCGCCCACCGCUUCUGCUUCGCUUUCUGCUUCUUCCCGCCACCGGUCGCCGUCGUCAUCUUUACCCCUCUCGUUCCAACAGACCGGUGACGACGCCGAAGAAGAACACUGGGGUUCACGGGAUGAUGCUGCUAAUGCCGCCGCCGCCGGUGGUACAAGCCAGGGGGGUGGUGCCGGGGACUCGCAAAUCUUGGACGAGCCCGUGAACGAGGAAAUGUUCACCACUCGCUUCCGCCACGUCAUGACCGACGACGGCCAUGCUGUCAUAACGGGCAGGGAGGAGACUCUCCAGCGAUGCGAAGACGAGCCGAUCCAUACGCCGGGUGCCAUUCAAGCCUUUGGCCUGCUGGUGGCCUUGCGCGAGGAGGACGACGGCCACUUCUCGGUCCGCUACGUCAGCGAGAAUUCCGCCAGGAUCAUCGGAUAUACCCCGCAGCAGCUCUUCCAGCUCUCCAACUUCCUCGACAUCCUGACCGACGAACAACAAGACAACCUCCUGGACCACAUCGACUUCAUCCGGGACGAGGAGGCCGACCCGGCGGUUAGCGGCUCCGAAGUCUUCAGCCUCUCGGUUCGCCCGCCCAUGAAGAAGACCAUCAGGCUUUGGUGCGCCAUCCACAUCAACCGGGCCCACCCCGAGCUGAUCAUCUGCGAAUUCGAACUCGACGAUGACCGCGAUUACCCUCUCCGUCCCCCGGGCGAGCUCGUUCCGGAGACCCCCGAAGAGACGUUGCAGUCGACCCCGACCCGAGAGGAGCUUGCCGAAAGCACCGAGAUCCUCAGCAAGCCUCUGAGGGUGCUGAGGUCCGCAAGGAGGCGCAGGGGCGAGGCCGGCGCCAUGCAGGUCUUCGACAUCAUGACCCAGGUCCAGGAACAGCUUGCCUCGGCCACCUCCCUGGACAUGUUCCUCAAAAUCCUCGUCGGCAUCGUCAAGGAGCUCACCGGCUUCCACCGCGUCAUGAUCUACAAGUUUGACAAGGCGCAGAACGGCAAGGUCGUCACCGAGCUCGUCGACACCACCCACACCCUCGACCUCUACAUGGGCCUCAACUUCCCGGCCUCGGACAUCCCGAAACAGGCGCGCGAGCUCUACAGACUCAACAGGGUCAGGCUCCUCUACGAUCGCGACUUGGAAUCCGCGAGGCUGGUCUGCAGGUCCAAGGACGAACUCGACAAGCCCCUCGACAUGAGCCACUCGUACCUGCGCGCCAUGUCUCCCAUCCACGUCAAGUACCUGGCGAACAUGGCCGUCCGCUCCUCCAUGUCCGUCUCCAUCACCGCCUUCAACGAGCUCUGGGGGCUGAUCGCCUGCCACUCCUACGGGCCCAAGGGCAUGCGCGUGUCCUUCCCCGUCCGCAAGAUGUGUCGGUUGAUCGGCGACACGGCUUCGCGCAACAUCGAGCGGCUGUCGUACGCGUCCAGGCUCCAGGCCCGGAAACUGAUCAACACGACCCCGUCCGACAAGAACCCUUCCGGCUACAUAGCCGCAUCCUCCGACGACCUGUUCAAGCUCUUCGACGCCGACUUUGGACUGGUCUCCAUCCAGGGAGAAUCCAAAAUCCUCGGCAAGCUGGAGCAGACCCAGGAGGCCCUGGCCAUGCUCGAAUACCUGCGCAUGCGCCAGCUGACCGCCGUCACCGUGUCCCAAGACAUUCGCGCCGACUUCCCCGACCUGAAUUACCCUCCCGGCUUUUCCGUCAUUGCCGGGCUCCUCUACGUCCCGCUGAGCGUCGCCGGCGACGACUUUGUCGUCUUCUUCCGGAAAGGCCAGGCCAAGGAGGUCAAGUGGGCCGGGAACCCGUACGAGAAGACGAUCCGCGAGGGUACCAAGGCGUACCUGGAACCCCGAAAGAGCUUCCAUCUCUGGCGCGAGACGGUGCUUGGCAAGUGCAAGGAGUGGUCCGAGGACGAGGUCGAGACGGCCGCCGUUCUUUGUCUCGUGUACGGCAAAUUCAUCGAGGUCCGGCGCCAGCGCGAAGCGGCCAUGCAGCGCAGUCGGCUUACGCAGCUGCUGCUCGCCAACUCGGCACACGAGGUGCGCACGCCUCUCAACGCCAUCAUCAACUAUCUCGAGAUUGCGCUGGAAGGAAGCCUGGACCAGGAGACGAGGGACAACCUGGCCAAGUCCCAUUCCGCCUCCAAGUCGUUGAUCUAUGUCAUCAACGACCUUCUCGACCUGACCAAGACGGAGCAGAGUAAGGCUCCCGUUACGGACCAGACUUUCGACCUGUCCGUGUGCCUCCGCGAGGCCACGGAUAUGUUCGCGAAUGAAGCCAGAAGAAAAGGCAUCGAAUACACCGUCGUCGAACACCCGGGCCUCCCCCGAUUGGUGUGUGGCGAUGGACGACGGGUCCGGCAAGCCAUCUCCAACGUUGUGGCCAACGCCGUGCAGCACACCGGCACCAGCACCGGCGCCGGGGGGGUGGUUCAGGUGGAGUUGUACGUGACCGAAGUGCUGGAUCGUCGAGUCCGGGUCGAGAUUGUCGUUCAAGACACGGGGACAGGGAUGAGCUCCGACCAGCUCGACACCUUAUUCCGCAACCUCGAACAGGUCGGCUUGGAAGCGGAACAGUCGCCUCGGGAGUCCGAACCCAGCGUUGAGCGCCGUACUUUGGGCCUUGGGCUCGCUGUUGUGGCACGCGUCGUACGAAACAUGAAUGGCCAGCUGCGUCUCAAGUCCGAGGAAGGCCAAGGAUCUCGGUUCGUGAUUCAGUUGCCGUUCGACCUGCCUGAAGAGGCGAUGCAGUCGUCCGAAGACGAGAGUCGACCGGCCUGCUCUGUGACCGGGUCGAUUAUCGCACCAGUCUCCAUGCCUGCGUCUCCGGCUGACGGCGAAAUAACCUUGAUCGAUCGCGGAAGCGGAACUGGAACUGGAACUGCCUCGCAGACGAGGGUGGCAAGUCGCAACAGCCCAAAAGACCAAGCCAUUCCUACCAUGGGCAAGCGGGACAAGCCGGUUCCCGGUGAUGCCGAGGCUCUCAUCAAUGCUCUCCAUACUUCCCUGCCCCUCGAUGGAGAGGCGGCGCCAGAUUCCGAAGACCGGGCACAGGAAGGACACGACGAUAUCCGCGAGCUGGCAAUGCCAGCUUGGGAUAACAGCACCCAAGACGCCACCGCGCUUGCUCGCCCCCCGGAGCCGAAGGCCGAUGGCGGGGAUGGCCAACCGGCGGCACCUCCCGCAGAACAAGUCUCCCAAAGUCCUCGUGUUGCACCUGCACCGUCCGACAGGCCCCAGCUGACCGAUGCGUCGUCUCGGGUCGCCACCACAGAGGCUGGACCGCCCGUCUCGGCAACAGAAACCAAGACCAAGACGGCGAACGUCCCAGCUGCUGCCCCCGUUCCUGCGAAGCUCCAUGUCCUCGUUGCGGAAGAUGAUCCCAUCAACAUGAAGAUCAUACGGAAACGGUUAGAGAAGGCAGGCCACGAGGUUCACAACUCGGUCAACGGCGAAGAGUGCGCCGUCGCAUUCCGCGAAACGUCCGGGUCCUUCGAUGUGAUUCUGAUGGAUAUGCAGAUGCCCAUCGUCGACGGAAUCGCGAGUACUAAGAUGAUCCGGUCACUGGAGCGCUCAAAUCAGCACGGCGGACACUCCCCGCUCGCCGCACGCAACGGCCGCAUCCCCAUCUUCGCAGUGUCGGCCUCGCUGGUGGAGCGGGAAAGGGACAAUUACGCGGAUGCCGGCUUUGACGGCUGGGUCCCCAAGCCCAUCGACUUCAAGCGGCUCAACACGCUGCUGCUCGGCAUUGCCGAUGACGGUGUCCGCACGUCGUGUCUCUAUGCGGAAGGUGCAUGGGAGCUUGGCGGGUGGUUUGGGAACCGAGAUAAGACAAAAGCGUAA